CCAUCGACGGUCAGAAGCCAACCAUUAUGCAGCAUGACGUAUUGACCUGCGACGAGGGGUAAACCUAAUUUCCGAAGAAGCACAUCUGUCGCCAACAUGAAUUUAGCUUUAAUAGCACUAACGAUGACUUUACACGCGCUGUCACGCUGUUUUGUCAAGACAGGAGCAUAUCACUCCCAUACACAACCCAGUUUCAAAGAAAAGUAUUUUACCCAGACCCUCGACCAUUUCAACUUUAAUUCCAUGGGGAAUGGAACAUUCCUUCAGCGAUACCUGAUCACUGAUAAAUACUGGAAAAUUGGAUAUGGUCCAAUUUUUUUCUACACUGGCAAUGAAGGGGACAUUUGGGAAUUUGCCCUUAACUCUGGAUUUCUUACCGAAUUGGCUGCUCAACAGGAAGCCUUGGUCAUAUUUGCUGAACAUAGAUACUAUGGCAAGUCUCUUCCUUUUGGCAAUGACUCUUUCAGCAUACCUCAGAUUGGCCUGUUGACAGUGGAACAGGCAAUCGCAGAUUAUGCCGUCAUGAUCAGUGUGUUGAAACGUCAGAUGGGAGCCACAGAUUGCCCUGUCAUUGUUUUUGGUGGAAGUUAUGGCGGAAUGCUGUCAGUCUAUAUGAGAAUAAAAUAUCCAAAUCUCGUGGCUGGAGCUCUUGCUGCUAGUGCUCCCAUCCUUUCAACCGCUGGGCUUGGUGACCCUGGGCAGUUUUUUCGGGAUGUCACUGCUGAUUUUGAGAAGUAUUCUACAGAAUGCAGUUAUGCUGUGAGAGGAGCUUUUCAUCAGCUGAAAGAAUUAGGUGAACUGCAAGAGUACAGUACAAUUCAGAACGCGUUCAAACUGUGUAAGCGUCCAUCAUCUGCUCAGGACAUCCACCAGCUAAAUGGUUUGCUGAGGAACGCAUUCACGCUAAUGGCCAUGUUAGAUUAUCCAUACAGCACUCAAUUUAUGGGCAGUUUGCCUGCCAAUCCUGUGAAGGUUGGUUGUGAAACCAUGCUCCGUGGAUCAGACCUGCUUGCUAAUUUGAGAGAUACGGCAGCAAUUGUGUACAACUCAACUGGUUUACUGACUUGUUUGGAUGCUUACACUCUGUAUGUGGAGUGUGCUGAUCCCACUGGCUGUGGACUAGGUUUUGACAGCAUGGCCUGGGAUUAUCAGGCAUGUACAGAAAUAAAUCUCUGUUAUGAGAGCAACAAUGUCACAGACAUGUUUCCAACAAUGACUUUCACUGAGACAGAACGCCUACAAUACUGUUCUAAACGCUGGGGUGUUGUUCCACGACCAGACUGGCUAAAAAUUCAGUUCUGGGGAGAUGCCCUUUCUGGAGCCAGCAACAUUAUUUUCUCCAAUGGUGAUCUGGACCCAUGGGCAAAUGGAGGGGUACGCAAGUCUUUGAGUUCAUCAUUAAUAGCGAUCAAUAUUGCUGGAGGAGCCCAUCAUCUAGAUUUAAGAGGAUCCAACGAGGCUGAUCCAGCAUCAGUAAUCAAAGCCAGGAUCGCUGAAGCAACCCUCAUCAAACAAUGGGUGGAGGAGGAGAGGACGAAAAUACAACAGUUGCCUUGAUAAUGCUAAGGUUUUGCUGCAUUGGAGACAUUUCUUACAUCAAUUUAUAUUUUCUGUUGAAAAAUUUACUGUUUAUAAUUUAUAUGCAGCGCCCUUUCAUAAAACAAAGCCAUGUACUAUUGCUGUGAAAAAGCAAGGGGAAUCAAACUUUUUUUCACGGUGAAAGAAGUAUUACUGUUUGCUAGAUUUGGUUAAUUGUAUAUACAAAGGUAACCAUAUAACUCAAUAUUAUGUGGGUCUUGGAAAAUCAGUCGAAAUGUUCUAAAAUUGCUAUUGUUCUGAAAAGAUGUAGGAGUGAAUGAUUUAAUUACCAGCAGAUUGUAUUGGAUUAUCUCCCACAAAUUAUUGACUAAUCAUAAAUUAUGAAAAUGGCUUGUUCUCUAUGAUGAUGCGAUGUUUAUAGAUCAAUGUCUUAUUCUUAUCCUGAAAAGUGAUGGUUUGGGAGACAAGCAGAAAAUUCUUAUACUGAAAAGUGAUUGUUUGGGAGAUACUGUACAAUGUUUCUGCGCGAUGCCAACUUCAUGUGAAUGUCAUUUUAUUUGACUUUACACAGAGUCAUAAUAAUAAAAUCUCUUAUCUUGCAACCUUUCAGAUUCAGGAAGACACUAAGAACUUUUUUUUUUUUUAAAGUUUUUCUCCAAAUGUUUGUUUCCUCUGUCCUCAAUAUACUCACAAGCUGGUUUAUUCUUUAUUUAAAGGGAUCCACGGAUAGAAAGACUUAUAGUUCUUAAAAGAUAAACGUUGUUAUGAGUUAAAAUAAUUUGAUGUUAAGACCCCUCUUGAUAUUCUUGUUUUUAUACAAUUUGUAAAAUUAGUUUAGCGAGUAGGUCGCCAUUGUUGAUGACGUUGCAGGGCGGUGACGUCACAUAGUUACGCUGCUGGGCUUCCAGAGUGUAUCUUAUGUUAUCUGUUCAACCCUUUCAAUUUGAACUAGAGAGGAACAUUAAUGAGCAUGACAGCGCUGUUGAUAUUUUAUAAAACGAAAAGCAAAAGCAAAAUGAAAAGGAAAGACGGGAUGAGACGAGAGUAGGGGGGUUCUGCCAAAAUGUACUACACUGGGGAAACGUACCCAAGGUACUACCGUGCGCUUUCAGCUUGUUUUGUUUAGAUGCAUACAGACGGAACAUACUAAAGAUGCCUUAGAAAAUACUUAAACCUAUUAAGAUCAAAUAAGGGUGGUUUAAACAUGCUACAGUACGUGACUAAUGUGGUCAACAGAUCAACAAUCUGCUUUAAAGCUACCGCAGAAAACACAAUGCUUAAAAUUAUGAGAGGGAAACAUGCAAAAAAUUUUGAGGCAAUGAAAAGGUAAUAAAAGAU